AUAAAUAGAAAAAUAAUUGGCGUAAUGAUAGGGUCUCCUCCUUCGGUCCGACUUGGUGGCGACUGGGCUCUCCGUCCUCACUUGCACGUGAGGUCACUGCUUCUCCAGCUUCUCCAGCUUCUCCGUCCUCAUGUUUUUCCUCUAAUUUAAUUUCGGCGAUUUCCCACCCAAUUUUCCCUUCCUCGAUCCGUCCCUGCAUUAAGCAAUGAGCUUGGCGUUCCUCCAGGGCUAUUCUUCCCCUGAAGAAGAAGAGCAAGAUCACCGCCUCCAUGACCAUGGCUCAAGCUCCACUGACGAUGAUGAUAGCGACGACGGCGAUGACCAAGCCCACAAAGCCACAUCCGUCUUUGACUUUCCAAAACCCUCCUCCUCCGUUGCUUCUACCCUACCUUCUGCAUCCGACGUCUUUUCUGAGAUUUCCGGACCACCCGAGUUUCUAAACAACUGCGUACAAGAAGACCCUUCCGCAAGGGACGCCGGCCCUCAGCGAGGGAGGCAUGGUGUUCGCAACGGCAAACUUCAGAAGGAAAAGAAAGAUUUACCUUCUGGUGCUGUAGUGGAGUCCAAAGCUCAUUUAGUUGGAAUUCAUGAGCGAGUAAGAAGUGAUUUUGAGGGUAAGCAACCUCCAACAUCAGUGGUUACGAGCACCGCGGAAGGUGCCAAGCGUGUGCCAACUGCAACAAAUCCUAGUGCAGAAGAUGCUGCAGCGCUUCUUAGGAUGUGUUUGCAAUGUGGAAUACCCAAGACCUACUCCAAUGCAAGGGGAAUGGUCUGCCCAACAUGCGGAGAUCGUCCUGUAGAUCCAACCAAUGAUUCCAAGAAGAAGGGAUCUACGGUGAAAGAUAAGGAGAAGAGUAAGAGGAUGAAGGGACAGUCGUCUCAUGCUACAUGGAAAAGUGAAACUGAAAUGCAUCUUCGACAGCAGUUUGACUAGCUGAGUAGGCGUAACGUCUUUUAGGUUUAAUGGAUGUAUGAUGUAGCUUAACCAUCAGUUCAGUUAGCGGACCUAAGGCACUGCGGGUGAAUGCGAAGUGCUGUGUUUUUUCGGAUUCAUGACAGAUCCAAAGUGUGAUUUUUGUUUGCUUUUAUCCUUUAAUCGAGGUGACAGAUCCAGUUCAUGGAAAAGAA